UAUUGUUUUCCUUGUAUUUUCCGUAACUUUUCGCUGAAACAGAAAUAUCAGAGCUUCGAAUUUAGCAAUUCACGGUUGCCCUCACAUGAAAUCAUAUAAUAUCUGGUCCUAAUUUGAAAACAUGGAGACAAAUCUGCAACACGAAGACUUGCUAAUAAAAUUGCGAGCGAAGCUGAACGAAGAAAGAAUAAAAUUAUGGGAGUCACCAUUUACUUUGCCCGAUCAGUCUAUUUCGGAAAGUUUAAAGGAUCUCGCCAAAAAGUUUGCAACUGAGCUCUCUCUCCCCGACAAUGAGGUCUUGGCCGCACUGCAUGAGCUGCAACUGCAUUCCAUUGACCGAUCCAAGGCCAACUCUGAGUUCGCGGAGACGGGACUGGCUACUCUCCGAGUCAAGGCUACAGUGCCCGGGCAGAAACCGCAGGUGCUGAGAAUACAGCAGACGUUGGAGUCGGUGGGCAAGGGGCUGAUUGAGUCGGUGGCUAAAGUAUUGGAUGUCAGUGAGAGUCGUGUGAAAUUAAUACACAAUGGAAAAGUGAUACAACCAGCUCCAAGCCUGGAGGAGCAGGGAGUCAAAAAUGGGGUGCAAAUCAUGGCUUUAAUAAUGCCUGUAAACCCUGAGGAAGCGAAGAAGGAAGACCGGAUGUAUUUGGAAAUGAAGUCUACUCGUGAUGAUGCCAUGCUGCUCUCAGAGUAUGCUGAUGAUUUUGAAGAUGAAGAGUAUAUUAAGUUGGAAGACCAAUCGGGCAAAACAGUGGAACUACCGAAAGCUGAACGGCGAGCGCUAAUGGUGGGCCUGGCCUUACAUGAGCGCGGGCGCGCGGCCGCUAAGAAGAAAGACUAUCCUCUCGCUCUGGUCUUACUGCUAGAAGCUGACCGACAACUGAGUGAAUGCAGCUCUUCAAUCCUAGCAUCAGUUGACAACGUGGCAGUGCUACAACUGGACAUAGCGUGGUGCUACCUGUGUCUACAAAGUCUAGCUGCCGCAGGCGACGCAGCGGCAAGGCUGGCGAGAGCGGAGCGGGCGCUUAAGCGGAGCUACGGAGAGGAUCACGGCCGCGUGCUAGCGGUGAAGGGGACUGAUGCCAACGAACGCGCCCUGAUGAUGCGCCUGCAUCUCUUGCAAGGCAUCGUCAGCUUUCACCAGAACAAGCGGGACGAAGCUCGCCGGUUACUUGAGAAAGCGGAAACUGAACUUAACUCGCUAAGGGUAGACGACGGCGCCGUGUCGGCGCUAAUGGAGCUCGGGUGGUCGAUGAGCGCGGCGCGGCGCGGGCUGCGCGCGGCGCGCGGCGACGUGGCGGCCGCGCACCACUACCUGGCCGACGCCUCCGCCGCGCGCGACACGCAGCGCCGCCGCCACAAGCGGGACAGAGAACGCAAAGCGCUAGGAGUGUGCGUGGACGGUACACCGGUGAACGCACAAUUGGUGGAGGCGCUGGUGGGGAUGGGGUACGCGCGGCGUCUCGCCACGCUGGCGCUGAGGAGCUCCAACAACCACGUGGCCGAGGGCGUGCGCCUUAUACAGGAACAACCCGAACUGUUGGAGGACAGCGAAAUUGAAGAGGAUGCGGAUGUGACUGAGUCGGCGAGCUCAGACGAGUCAUUCGUGGAACCAGAUAACAAACUCGUUGCCGAGUUGGAAGCGAUGGGUUACUCCGCCGAAGACGCCAAGGACGCCCUGAAGCGAUCUCACAACCACAUCAGCGGCGCUGUCGACUUGCUGGUCGCCGGCAAGCUACAGCCACGUGAAGCUAUGGACACGACUGACGCCGGGAAUCCUUCCACCAGCACCGCCUCUACCGCCAAGAAGGAGAAACAUGGGAAGAGAAAGAAGGAUGACAAGAAGAAACGAGAACGCGAACAGGCUCUGAAUCGACUCACGUCAGUCAUACAAAACGAAGAAGACGACCACCUUGACACUUCCCUCGUCGACGAAGAAGAUUUCCUCGCGCAAUACAAGUCUCUACUAUAAACGGUUUACGGUAUUUCCCACAGAUGUCAUAUAUACCAUAAAUCAAGCAAACGUAUCUACUUAGCAUGUCAAAUGAACUCAGUAAAAUCAAAGACAUAUGUAACUCCGUAUAG